AUGGCCGCGGCCACGCCUACCACUUUCUUAUCCUCCUCUUCCGCCUUAUCCAAAAUCCUGAAGCCAUCAACCAAAGUUAGUGCUCUCAGCUUGGGCUUCCUUUCAUCAUCUACCCAGUCGCUUAAUCGGCUUCACUCUUCCGCUUCUCGAGCCGGAGCUUCACCUGCUGGUUCGGUUCUCUCGGCUCGCAUGGUCUCCACUCCCACCAUGAAGCCACCUGCUUCUCUAGAUUUCGACACCUCCGUUUUCACCAAGGAGAAAAUCAACCUUUCUGGCCACGAUGAGUACAUUGUGAGAGGAGGGAGAAAUUUGUUUAAGCUGUUGCCUGAUGCAUUCAAGGGCAUCAAGCAGAUUGGGGUGAUUGGAUGGGGCUCACAGGGACCAGCUCAAGCUCAGAACUUGAGGGAUUCUCUUGCUGAAGCAAAAUCUGAUAUUGUGGUCAAGAUUGGUUUGAGGAAGGGUUCUCGUUCUUUUGCUGAGGCUCGUGCUGCUGGGUUUUCUGAAGAAAAUGGAACCCUGGGGGACAUAUGGGACACUGUCUCUAACAGUGAUUUGGUGCUGCUCUUGAUAUCCGAUGCAGCUCAGGCUGAUAAUUAUGAGAAAGUGUUCUCUCACAUGAAACCAAAUAGCAUACUUGGACUCUCCCAUGGAUUCCUUUUGGGCCAUUUGCAGUCAUUGGGCCUUGACUUUCCAAAAAACAUCAGUGUGAUAGCUGUAUGUCCAAAGGGAAUGGGACCCUCUGUGAGAAGGUUAUAUGUGCAGGGGAAAGAAAUCAAUGGUGCUGGCAUUAAUUCAAGUUUUGCUGUCCACCAGGAUGUUGAUGGCAGAGCUACAGACGUUGCCCUUGGAUGGUCAGUUGCCCUUGGUUCUCCUUUCACUUUUGCCACUACUUUGGAGCAGGAGUACAAGAGUGAUAUUUUUGGGGAGAGAGGCAUUUUACUCGGUGCUGUACAUGGUAUUGUGGAAUCAUUGUUCAGAAGGUACACUGAAAAUGGAAUGAGCGAGGAUCUUGCCUACAAGAACACUGUGGAGUGCAUAACGGGAAUUAUUUCUAGAACCAUAUCAACAAAGGGUAUGCUGGCUGUCUACAAUUCAUUGACUGAAGAUGGCAAAAAGGAGUUUGAGACUGCAUAUAGCGCUUCAUAUUAUCCCUGCAUGGACAUCUUAUACGAGUGCUAUGAAGAUGUAGCUAGUUGCAGUGAGAUCAGGAGUGUUGUCUUGGCUGGACGUCGCUUUUAUGAGAAGGAAGGUUUACCAGCUUUUCCGAUGGGGAACAUUGACCAGACACGGAUGUGGAAAGUUGGUGAGAAAGUUCGAGCAGCACGUCCAGCAGGUGACUUGGGACCUUUGUAUCCUUUCACUGCUGGUUGCUAUGUGGCAUUGAUGAUGGCCCAGAUUGAGAUUCUAAGGAAGAAAGGGCACUCCUACUCAAGAGAUUAUCAACGAGAGUCACGGCUAGGAUCAAGGAAGUGGGCCCCUCGUUUCGACUACAUUCUCACACAGCAGGCUUUGGUAGCAGUGGAUAAAGGUGCUCCCAUUAACCAAGAUCUCAUUAGCAACUUCCUAUCAGAUCCCGUACAUGGAGCUAUUGAAGUAUGUGCCCAAUUGAGACCUACUGUGGACAUAUCAGUGCCCCCAGAUGCUGAUUUUGUCCGUCCUGAAUUGCGUCAGUCGAGCAACUGA